UGCACAUGUAACAACGCUCUGCUUCGCGAUAGCAAAAGUUCCCCACCCCCUUCGCGACAGGACGACAACACCACGCCUACCAUGUCCAACUACCGCUACGGCACUCAGUCUGAUGCCUACCAGGCCGAGAACGACAUAGUCCCGCGCAACAUGGAAAAAGAGGCGAAGCUGGGCCUGGCUAACAAUCCAUUAGCAGAGCAGGGCAGUCACAACGAUGCCGACGACCUGUUGGCCGCCAUGGGCUACAAGUCCGAGCUGGUGCGCUCAAGAUCGACGCUCCAGGUGGCCUUCAUGUCCUUCGUCCUCGCUUCCGUUCCCUAUGGACUGGCGACCACCUUCUACUACCCCAUCGUAGGAGGCGGACCGACCAACAUCAUCUGGGGCUGGGUCGCAGUCUCUCUAAUCAUUCUCUGUGUUGCUGCGUCGUUGGGAGAGAUCACAAGCGUCUACCCGACAAGUGGCGGCGUCUACUACCAAACCUUUAUGAUCGCCCCGCCUUCUUAUCGCAAAAUCGCCUCGUGGAUUUGUGGUUGGUGCUUCGUAGUUGGCAACAUAUCCAUUACUCUCUCGGUUCAGUUCGCUACCGCUCUUUUCUUCGUCGCAUGCGUCAACGUCUACGAGAGCGCGCCUGGAGUAGGCGUCCUCGAGGGUAAACCCUACCAAGUCUACCUCAUCUUCCUCGGUAUCACGCUCAUCUGCAAUGCCGUGUCUGCCUUGGGAAAUCGCUACCUACCAUUGUUGGAUACUUUUGCCAUUUUCUGGACCUUUGGCGGCGUGAUUGCCAUUAUCGUAUGCGUACUGGCUAUCGCAAAAAACGGUCGCCACAGCGCCCACUACGUCUUCACCGAAUUUGACCCUUCCAACUCUGGAUGGGUUCCUGGAUGGUCUUUUUGUGUCGGAUUGCUCCAUGCAGCCUACGCGACCUCGUCGACGGGAAUGAUCGUCUCGAUGUGCGAAGAGGUUCGACAGCCUGCGACCCAGGUCCCCAAAGCUAUGGUUGCCACUGUUGCGCUCAAUACCAUCUGCGGCCUAGUCUUCAUGAUCCCUCUUGUCUUCAUCUUGCCCGACCAAGCCUCGCUCGCAGCACUCCUCUCGGCCCAGCCAGUACCAACCAUCAUCAAGGAUGCAGUAGGGUCUUCUGGGGGUGCGAUUGGCCUUCUGGUACCACUCCUCGUCCUUGGAUUACUUUGCGGCAUUGGAUGCACGACUGCCGCGUCUCGCGCUACCUGGGCUUUCGCUCGUGAUGGCGCUAUUCCAGGAUACAAGUGGUGGAGGGUUGUCAACCCUAAGCUUGACGUUCCUCUCAAUGCCAUGAUGCUCAGCAUGGUCAUCCAGCUAGCGCUCGGCCUCAUCUACUUCGGCGCUGCCGCUGCUUUCAACGCAUUCUCUGGUGUUGGUGUUAUUUGCCUGACAUUGAGUUAUGCCGCUCCCAUCCUAGUCUCAGUCCUCACCGGACGCAAACACGUCAAAGGGGGCAAUUUCCACCUUGGAAAAUUCGGUCUAUUCUGCAAUAUUGUCGCCUUGGGCUGGUCUGCGCUCGCAACACCCCUCUUCUGCAUGCCAACUACCCGUGUCGUCACCGCAGCCACUACAAACUACGCCUCUGUCGUUCUUGCUGCCGUUAUCAUGGUCUCAACCAUAUGGUAUUUCGUCUGGGGUAAGAAGAAUUACGAGGGUCCGCCCACCCAUGAGGACGCUAUCCUAGAGGCCAGGAGAGCCAGUGUGGUGACUCAUUGAAGUGAGCAGAAACUCUGCAACUCAUCCGAGGAAAGUUUCGGAAAGAAACUAGGGCGGGUUUGGGACGAAGACGUUCUUAGAGGAAGAGUCGAAAAGGAAGCUUUUGUGCGGAACGGCCCAGAUUAUAAAGAAAAGGCUUCUGUAGACAUUCACUAGAAUCCUUGAAUCCACCUCCUUGUACGGGAAAGCCCCACUUCAUUCUGCACGAUAUGUGACUUGGCAUCCACUUUUGUACUAGAUCCUUUCACAUUUCUUACUUAUGUCGGCACGUGCAAAGCCUCUUAGUCGCUAGAGGGAAACUAAAUCGCGCCUUUGUGAUUAGUAGGGGAG